UAUUUUGUGCUUGACUUUACUGCGCGCGUAAUUUUCCAUUCUUCCAAGGAUGAAUCACGAAGUUUCGUCGGGACGUGGAAAACAUUUUCCCCGGGAAAAUUGUCAUAACCGCGCGAAUGUCAACCAUAGUUUCGCCUGUGGUCAUGUGACAUGGCGGCAGUGUUGCUGGAAUGGCGACGUCAGCUUUGGUUGCUGUUGUUUUUUUAGUGGGCCUGUAUCCGGCAAAUUUAGCUAGUGGGCAAGCCUCAAACACCAUACGUCUCGUGGAUGGUAGUAAUGACCUCAAAGGCCGAGUGGAGGUGUUAGUAGGCGGCGUUUGGGGGACAGUCUGUGAUGAUGACUGGGAUCUUAAUGAUGCUCGUGUUGUGUGUCAUCAGUUGGGCUAUUCAAGAGCUCUCUCAGCACCUGGGUCUGCGCAGUUUGGCCGUGGAACCAUCCCAAUCGUUCUAGAUCAUGUAAAUUGCAAAGGAUCAGAAAAGCAGUUGCAAGAUUGUCCUGCAAGUAGGGGUAACAACUGUAACCAUGGUGAAGAUGCUGGGGUCGUUUGUGCAAGUGCAUCUGCUGGUGAUAUUCGUCUCAUUGGCGGUAGCAGUGCUCUAGAGGGCCGAGUAGAGGUCUUUGUAAAUGGUGCUUGGGGAACUGUCUGUGAUGAUGGUUGGGAUCUAACUGACGCUUCAGUGGCAUGUCGUCAGUUGGGUUAUAAUCAUGCCCUAUCAGCUCUUGGUUCAGCCCAUUUUGGCCAAGGAACAGGUGCUAUUGUUUUGGAUGGUGUUGAAUGCACAGGACGGGAGAGCAGGUUGCAAGACUGUACAUCAGCAUCCUACCACAACUGUGACCAUGGGGAAGAUGCUGGCAUCGUCUGUUCAGAACAAAAUGAGAUUCAACUGGUUGGUGGUAGCAGUGCUCUAGAGGGACGAGUAGAGGUGAAGUUUGGAAAUCUUUGGGGUACUAUCUGUGACGAUGACUGGGAUUUAGCUGAUGCUACCGUGGUUUGUCGUCAGCUGGGUUAUGGAGAGGCUCUCUCAGCUCCUGGUGGUGCAACAUUUGGUGAAGGAACUGGUUCCAUAGCCAUGAAUGAAGUGGAUUGUAAAGGAACAGAAGACAGUGUAAAGGAUUGUGGAUAUACGAGUAGUGUUCAGCAAAACUGCUACCAUUCUGAAGAUGCUGGUGUUUCCUGCAGCGGAAUGCGAUCAGCGUAUGAAUUUGGUCAAGUCCGUUUGGUAGAUGGGAGCUCAGAAUAUGAGGGCUAUGUGGAGGUUUAUUACAACCAGCAGUGGGGUACUGUCUGCAAUGAUGGAUGGGAUCAAGACGAUGCAGAUGUCGUGUGUGAAGAGCUAGGAUUUGAUUUUGCCAUCUCAACAUCCAAAGAUUCUGAUUAUGACAGGUCUGCUUCCGGACCCAUCUGGCUUUCCUAUGUGCACUGUGAGGGGACUGAAAACAGACUAGCUGAUUGUUCACAUGGGAAGUGGGAUGAUAACUAUUGCUCACAUGCCAAAGAUGUGAGGGUGAAAUGCAAUGGUGCUCCAAAACCAUUGUCUACAGGGGCUAUAAUUGCAUUGUCAUGCGGAGCAGUUGCAGGUUUAAUUCUUCUCUGCACCUGUUACACAUGUUGCCAUGCAUCAAAAAACACCACUACUGCAACUCCAGCGGCCUCAAGGACUACGUAUUCUCAGGUCGCAGCCAAUGAAGCCAACACAGCCACUCCUGUCAUCCACUAUCAUCCUGCUCAACAGUCUGUUAGUGUAGCGCCCUCUAUGCCAGCACAACCAUCAGCUCCUACAUUGCAAGCUAAUGAGGCUCCACCCCCCUCCUAUCAGACAGUCGUAGCUCAGCCCACAAUGUUCCCAGUGGUACCCACCACUGGCCAGGACUAUGAGACAAUACAGCAAGCAGGUCGUAACGACCCCGCCUACUCACCUGCAACACCUCCUCCCGCGUACAACCCUGAACCAUCCAACUUGGGAACCAAUGAACCCAGAACUGCAUUUCAGACCCAUAUGAUGUCUAAUCCAACAUAAGAAUUGCUCUGGUGAAUAUCCUUUGACCUUAGCCUUUGACCUAUCAGGUCACAGCCUACGUGGUUCUGUGACAGAAAAGGAUGCAACAUCAACUCAAGGAGAUGCUGGAUUGUGCAACAAUAAAAUUGCUCGGUAAAGAUAACGGCAGAAAAAUGCCCAAAAGGAAUAAGAAAGAAGUCAUUAUUUUUUUCAACUUGGGCUUGUUGUUAAUGUGAAUUAGAACAUCAUAAAAAAUGGGAUUAACUGAUUAAUUUACUUUACACUUUGGUGCAAUUGGGUUUUGGGUUUUAAAAUUAACAUCAUUUGGGCUUACAGGAAUUGGAAAGUGCACUUUUAAAUAUUCAAAUACCUAUGCAUUCUUAGAUGGUUGAGGGCCUCGUUGGUGUGAUGUUACUUACAAAGACGCUGUUCAGUUUGCCUCAUUUCACACCAGAUAGCAUGCCAACAGGCAAGGAUUUACCGUGUCAUAAAUGUAAGGGGCAUUCAAUCAUUUUGGCUAAUCUUGUCUGUAGUGUUAAGUACCAUCUGUACUCAUCCCCACCCUCAAGGGGCGUGGAAAUAUCGCUGCGAGGCAACCAUGCAGUAGACAACGCUACACAAAUUUUGAACCGGUGACUACCAAGUGUCAGCAUUUGUUGUAGAGCCAAACUUUAGAGAGAACUGUGGUUGUGGUGUCUUAUUCCAGGCCAAAAGUAAUGCUGCACUUCUGAUAAAUGCAUUGGCAAGUGGUUCAAACAUUCCAUGAGAAAAUAUGAAAGAAGGGUUGCUCAUUGUUUCAUUGCCGUAGGCAUGAUGCCAUAUACAUGUGCUGUAUCUAGGACAGGAAAGUAUGAAAAAUUACAGCAGCUCUGUGCAAUGAGCCCUCCCCCAUAGCAUCACAGUUUGGAUAAUAUGGAAAAUGACAGCGUAAAACCAAAAAGGCAGCAAAACAGCCCCCUAAAAAAUACCUUGGAUGCACUCUCUAACAUAUCUAAAGGAAUCCUAUUAAUUACAAUCAGAAGAGGAUAGAUGUCAGAGAGUAAUGCAGAUAUCAUUCAUAAAUGCCUAAAGCAGGUGGAUCACUCUGAUUAAGUCUGCAGUACAGUGGCUAGUACACACCGUGCAUGAGCAUGUGGGCAGAUUUCAUGUCACGGGGGGAUGAUUUCAGCUUGGCGCGGAGUCAGUGACUUAAAAGGGGGGAAGAUGAUUAUACUGACCGGCAUUCCCCUACAGGUAGGUCAAAAAGAGGGAAGGGGAAUGUAGCUUCUCAUCCCCACGUCUGGAUCUCCGCCCGUGAGCAUUAUGACACUCAUGACAGACAGGGGCAGAGGGGUGUUUUACAAAAACAUGCAGGAAAAUUAAAAUUGUACAAUUUAUGGUUGGACCGGAAUGGUAUUUUAAAAUUGAAUAAAAAGUGUGCUAGAAGAGUAUUAACCAACUUUGAAGGGUUAAUUACUGACUCCAUCUUUCACUUACUACCAUUUCAGCAACCAGAGAAGAUGGUAAACGGGACAUUCAAACAAUUUAACACACUGUAAUUCUUAUAGAACAGUACUUGACACCUUACAGUCCCGUACAAAUCUGUGAGGUCUUUAUUCAUGCAUGAUAAGCCACAGGACAACAGGAAGUGUUGAGUGCCAGUGCAUUCAUUGCAGUUUAGAAGAAACGUGUUCUCCGAGUCCUCAUCGAGAGUUUUGGGAGUUUGCUUUCCUUUAGUUUCAGAAUGUAUUCUUAAUUUUCAGGUGCUGCCGGAUUUUUUGCCAAUACAAUAUUUUCACAGGGCAGAGAUUAACAAAUCAACACGUGGAAGAUGUAGUAUGGUAGAAUAUUGAUAUUCUUGAAACACUAGAUUUGCAGGUGUAAUAGAUAUAAAUUAAUGAGGAUUUAUGCAGAAGGUUUGCAUAAACAAAAGCAUGUACACUCAUGUAAUAGAUUUUCGAUGUUCUUAGGGUAAGAAACUGCAGAUUUUAAUAUGAACUGCAUUUUUGUGUGAAGUAUAAUUUGUUUGCAUGUAUAGUACUUUCUGUAGCAGCUCUGAAGAGUCUUUUAACAUCAAAUUAAUUGCCAUUUUCAAAUAAAGUAUCAGUUGUAAAUUGUUAUUUUACCUUUUUAUCCAUGUCACUUGAGCCAUUUAAUAGCCAGGUUGUUGAGAAACGGGAUUAGUUUUCUGCGACUUUGAUUUGAAUGAUUUAUUUGUUGUAAUUUCAGAAAAUCUUGGAUGGGGAACUUUGUAAAUAUUUUAAUUUCAUGUCUUAUGUCAGGGCCAGAUUAACCAGUAAUUACUCUGGGCAUUGUGCCUACAGCCCACAGAACUUCAAAGGUCAGUGAAUGUGCCUCAAAGUUGAUGACAGAAAAGUUAGUUUCAUAUUGGACAUUCCCAUUAGUUUGUACAGCGAAUAUCUGAUUUUUCUCGACAUUUGACAUUCCCAUAGGUUUGUACAGCAAAUGUUUAUGUUCUGGAGAUUAGACUUAUACAUUAUGU